AUGUCUCGUAAGAGCCGAGUUGACCAGCUGCCCACUAUCUACGAACUCGAGGUCCAACGCCAAAAGGACUUCCCAAUCACCAGUCUGCACGCAGACUACCUAGCGGGUGACGUAGAGCUUGCGAGCGCCUGUAGGGAGCUCUUCACUGGACCUGACGCUGUUCGCCGCCUUCGCGAUGAAUCCGGCCUGCGUUCGUCUGCCACGCCCUCUGAUGUCCACUGGACUCAGUAUAGGCGAUACACGCAUGACCCUUUCGGUGUCUCCGGUGAGGCUGUUGCGCUCACCCUGUACUACCUGGCCGCCAAGAAGGGUCUCAGCGGCAAGAGAAUCGACUUCCUUCGCGACUCGGCCGAGUACGUCUGGGAUUGGAUGGAUGAUGACCCCGGCGUCAGGUGGCAGCUGGACGAAGACGGCGACUGGGUAGGCAACCCGGCGACUGCGCCUGUCGUCUUUCGCGCCGUCAAUCUUGCGUACGAUCUUGAGGAGGAACGCAAUCGAAAAGCCGCGGAGCUCAAAGCCGCGCAGCGCGCUGCCGCGAAGUCGGACCGCAACUCCGACGUCGGGCCAUCUGCUAAGUAG